AUGAAACAAUCUGGAGAGUUGCCAACAACUACAACUACAACUACAACUACAUCUACAACUACACAGUCACAGACACAGACACAGAUAUCCGAUCAACAACUUGUCAACUAUCUCGAAUCAUUCAAACAUUCAUUGUUUGAGGAAUAUAGGAACUCUGUAGAUGUCGUUGCGCCGACACAACAGACACAACUCGAUAGGAUCAAGUUGUACGAGGAGCAACACGUAGAUCAAUCACUCUUGGCCAAUUGUCAAUUGCUCACCAAUGACCUGGGUGCAGUCGUAGCACGAGUCGAGCAACUUAGCAGUGAUGUACCACCAAUAGUCAAUGCUGAUACACAACAGUACCUCAAGAAGAUGGACCCAUCAUCAAACAACAUUAACAUCAACAACAUCAAUACGACUCAACAACAACAACAACAACAACAACAACAACUGUCACCAGGCAUGUCAGAGAAACAGGUUAUACAACUGUUAUCACAUACAACAAACGAAGUGGAACUGAUACAGAGGAGCAGUGUGGCAGUCACAGAGGUCAUGUCCGAUGUAAUAUCACAUUGCAAAGAGGUGUCGGAAGCAGUAUCACAUAUUAUUUCAACUUAA